UACCAGGAGGCUGAGCAGGCUGAGGGAGGUGCAAGCAAGAAGGAGCCCGUUUCCUCGCUGGAGCAGGUUCUCAAGGAGACCUCCCGAGAGAUGGUUGCUCGCUCUGCUGCCACACUCAUCACUCACCCCUUUCACGUGAUCACUCUGCGCUGCAUGGUGCAAUUCAUCGGCCGGGAGACCAAGUACAGUGGGACACUAAGCGCCUUCACCACGAUUUACCGAGAAGAGGGCAUCCUGGGCUUCUUCGCUGGCCUCAUCCCCCGGCUCCUCGGGGACAUCCUUUCGCUCUGGCUCUGCAACAUGCUGGCCUACCUCAUCAACACGUAUGCACUGGAGAACGGGGUCUCCACCAUGGCUGAGAUGAAGAGUUACUCACAGGCAGUCACUGGCUUCUUCGCCAGCAUGCUGACCUACCCCUUCGUGCUGGUCUCCAACCUGAUGGCCGUUAAUAACUGUGGGCUGGCUGGGGGUCUCCUCCCCUAUGCACCUACCUACUCCUCUUGGCUGGACUGCUGGAGCCAGCUGCGCAGGGAGGGCAACAUGAGCCGAGGGAACAGCCUGUUUUUCCGGAAGGUACCCACAGGGAAGCGGUAUGUGUGGGAGGAGAGGAGGUUUCGUUGAAGCUGGAGCUGAGAGCGGAAUUGUGAAGCUGGUGCCGGGCUCUGGAGGCAAAGAAUUAUGGAAGAGUGGUGAUUUCUAUACGUUUUUUUAAAAAUCAUUUAAUGCUGAG